CUUUGUCUGUGUACUGUUUCUCAAUUGCAUUGUUCCUGCUAGUAUUGAAUUUAAUUUCGCUGCCGCUUGCAGGGUGCCACUUCGAGAUUGUGGUGAAAUGCCUGCACCUCCCAAACGGUCUUUAAUUUUUUUGAUUAGAGAGAUUUUUUUUCAUGCUACCACUCGGUUUAUUGUGAAUGUACCUAAUCAUUCUACAUCAAGCGUAUACAUCAUUUGACCUAAUCUUUGUGGCGUAUUGAGCCUUCCACCCUGCAGGUUGCUAACAAAUUUCGGAAGUUGUGAACGUAUUUAUUAUGAGCUUAUUAAUGCUGUCCACUCAUGACGUGAAGUUGCAUUGGAAUUGGAAAGCUACUGUACCUUUUGUAAUUACCAAUUUGUGCUCUGUCCAUGGGAUAGAUGGCAUCGAGUGCAGCAUCGUUUGAGUAUAUCUGCGCAACCUGUAUAUGUCUGAGUUCUAUGCGUGUUCUCAUGAGAAAAUCGGUUGAACUUGCUGGACUUGCCUUGUGGCAGUUGUGAUUGAGCUUUGUUGCACAGACGAUACUUGACUUGCGUGUUGCGUGUAUUUGGGAGUUGAUACGAGAGCAUUGAAGCAGGAGAUAAUUCACAACCUUGUUUAAAAUUCUGACAGUAGAUUAAUGUCCUAGCUUCAGCGCUUGUCACUCUAUUUCGAAUGUCGAGGAUUAGUUACGUAAUUUGGUUUAAUUGCCGCUUUGAAUUUAGCUCAAGAUGUACUGUGCAGUUUCCUCAGUGAACGCAUUCUUUUAUAGAGAAUUUCUUUGUGUGACUAAAUUUUACGAGAGUCAUAGAUAGAGCUCCAAAACACUUGCAUGAAGAAGCCCUGGGUAGGACUCUUGCAUGGAUAGAGUUGGAUGAUGUGUCGUGCUCAAGAGGUGCAAGGAGUACGUUACCAUGACUCAUCGAUGGGUAGUGCCAACCUCAUCGUAUGUUCUAUUACCCUCACAUGCCUCAUUUUCAUGAACUGCAAGGGUUCUGAUGUGCAGGUUUGAAACAAGGCGACACACUAAAACCUAAUUCCAGCGCCAACUCGAAGUUCGGCAGAACCGGAAUAAUCCAAGCUUAAUUGCUGCAUGUGCCGGGAUUCGUCGGAAAAGGACACCGAAGUGCAGAGAAGGAAACGGAGUUUGAACCCCAAUGUAGCAGACCGGCAUGGAUCUCCACGUCAUAUAGUUAGAUUAUAUUCACUUCAUUAGCUGUGUCCUAGUACCAAAAUCCAAUUCGGAAAAAUUAAAUUAAAAUCGCAUGGCUUCGACCUCAUCUGAGCAUGAGACAAGGGUUGUGAUCACCUCUGAGGACGAGCAAAUCAAUCGCUCUGAGGUGAUUUAUUACACAGAGAGGCUGAAAGAGUAUUAUGACCGUUCAGAUAACGAUGUAAUGUCCACGAUCGCAACUGAAAGCAAGGCAAAGUAUCUCGACCAGCUCAAAGUCCAGCUGCAAAUAGGGGAUGACCCACCUAACGGAGUUGUUCACUUCGAUCCCGACCCAUCAGCAAUAAGUAAGACGCUGCACCAACUGGGAAAGGAAGACUUGAUAAAUCUUAUAAUGAACUUGGCCAAGAGGUGGGAAGAGGGCGGAAAUCCUGCGGAAAUUGAAGGUCUUCUCAACAAAGCUUCGUCUGCUCUUGCUGCUAAAUCAACGACUCAACGUGAAUUAACGGGGAUUGAUAGGAUUCUGAAAGAUGGCCUUCUUGCAUUCUUGGAUAAGAUUAGACAGCAUCUGCCCAACUGGCCUGCUCAGGUGGUUAAGUUCAAAGGACUAACCUAUGAUGCUAAAGUCACAGGUGCGAAACUGGACUAUGAAACUGUUGGCUCAAUCGUUAUGAAGUGUGCCAGCUGUGGUGGUUGUGCUGGCAAACAACCUCUACAAAAGUUUACUAUCCUCGACAACUGCACUGGCUACUUGAUGCCAGGGACAUUGACACUUGUGUGUGGACCUCCGGGCUGUGAUAAGUCUUAAUGAUGGGAUCACGCAUAUCAGGCCGUUUCUUCGAGAUUAUUACAUUUCACAGAAUGUGGUAGCCCUUGAGGAAUCAUAGCAAUUCAGAUCUUUACAUUUAAACUCCAGAAAGCCCUACUUCAAAAUUUACAUCAAAUGAGGUCAGAAUCCUUUCCAUGCACAGUCAAGGUCAGUUUCCAGACUCUUACUGACAACCAAUUUUAUGUAAGAUUUUCCUAUGAUGUGGAUUCUUUCUCGUUUCUGGCAAAAGUAUUAAGUAUGAAUGUCCAUUGUCAAAUACAGUAGAAUUUUUUUUUCGCGUAUGUUAUGAUUCUGUUGUGUAGUAACACCAGUUUGUGCUGUGUAGGCACAUAUCCGGUGUAUUUUCUUGAUGAAAUUAGCACGGGACUCGAUAGCUCUGCAACUUACGACAUAGUUUCAGCCUUUCGUACCAUGGCCAGGAUGAGGCGUUACACGUGUCUCUUUUCCCUUCUUCAGCCCGCUCCAGAAGUUUUCAACCUUUUUGACAGGGUAAUCAUCAUGCACGAAGGUCGCAUAAUAUAUCAAGGACCACGGGAAGACGUGUUGGUCUAUUUUGCUAAAUUAGGGUGAAGGUCGUGAAACAUGUUCAGAAGACAUCAGGUGUCUUCUUAAAGCUUGGGACAAGUUGCCGGAUCUCAUAAGUGGAUGCACUAGAAUAUUGGAUAGAUGUUACAAAUUCAAUCUAGUUUUUAUACCGUAUGACAGUAGCGCGUAAUACAGUGGAUUACAAAUUUGUGGGUGCUAGCGUACCCAGCCAGGAGGAUAGUUACCUUAAUACUAGAUCAAUACUUUGGUCAUUUCUCUUACGUACUCUUCCUAGAGGAUGCUAGUGAAAAUCCAAAACACUAGUAUUGUUCGCAUUUAGCGUCCUGUGCACGUUACCUUGCGAAUUCGAUUUUACUUCCUCGUGAUGACAAGGUCAGAAGUUGUGUGUACUUAGCGUGCAUAUUGAUUUACUUAGGUGAAAAUAAAGCAGUAGUGAUCCAGGAAGUGGAAUCCUCGGGAACAGCCCAACUCAUUGAUAUACAGCACACCGCAGCCGUGAAGGCUGGAGACAGGGUUACAGCCAUCGGAAGUAGCCACACAAGUCUUGCAUACCUCGCCUUGCCAGGGGUCAGCGUAUUUGAUGCUGCAAUGGCCUCAGAAAAAGUGCAGCAAGCUGUAGGCAAUAUUCGAUUACAGCUUGAGCGACCUCUUGAGCAGGCACCUCCAGAAACUGCAAACAUCUUUGACAAUGAAUAUGUGCAAGAUGGGUAUACCUCCAUAAAAGUGGUGAUGCGAAGACAAUUCACUUUGACACUCCGAAGCAAGAGCUUUUUAUAUGCUCGUAUGAUUCAGCUUGCGAUUUUGGGAAUUUUCACUGGGACUUUAUUUUACCAGGUUCCCACCACUUCAGAUCGCGCUGAUAUGGAUCUCCGGAAGUCCCUUGCAUUCCUUGCAGCCAUGACUCUAUCACUCAACAGCAUUUCUCAAAUACCUGUUCAACUUGACGAGCGAACAGUCUUUGAAAAACAAUAUUCGGCAAGAUUUUUCCGGCCUUAUGCAUAUUUGCUUGCAUGCACUUUAAGUCAAAUUCCUUUGACACUUGUAGAGAUGGUGAUAUAUACACCUUUAGUGUAUUUUUUGACUGGGUUGACAUUGGCUAACAAUGGUGCUCAUUAUAUUACGUAUGCUAUUGCUGCUUUUUUAUGUGCGAAUACAUUUGCAAUGUUCACUAGAUUCGCAGCCUCUUUGUGCCACACUAAAGAAUCAGCGAGUGGUAUUUCAGGUCUUUGUAUCACAUUCUUUCUUCUCUUUUCUGGUUUUCUGAUUGCUAAAAACAAGGUGCCUGACUGGUGGAUCUGGGUGUACUACAUUAGCCCUCUUCAAUGGGCUAUUACAGCUCUAAUCUGCAACGAGUUCCUCUCUGAUACCUACAGUCAACCCUGCAAUAACUCAAUUACCUACUGCCGUGGGAGGAGUGAUAUGAAUAUCGGACAAGCUUAUUUGGCCAUUUACGAUUUUCCCACGACUACUCUUCGUGGCUAUUGGGUUCCUGUGCUUGUUCUGUUCUUCUACUAUUGGGUAUUGAGCUGCUGCUGCUUCUGGACAGUUGCUAAUGUUCGGCAUGAAGAGGUGAAACUCCCUUCCAUUGCUCGACUGUUAAGGAAUCAAACUGCGAUUUCAAAACCCUUAGAGGGAAAAACAAAAUUUCGAUUUUCCAGAAUUUUUAAAUCUGUGCAGAACGCCAACAAUGAUGUUGGCAUUAAGUUUGAGCCAGCAAUGCUGUCUUUUCACCAGAUAGUAUACGAGAUAAAAAUUCCAGGCAUUAAAGAUCCUCGAGUAUUGCUUUCCAAUGUCUCCGGAUUUUCAAAACCAGGCACCAUGACUGCUUUGAUGGGUAGCAGUGGUGCUGGGAAAACAACCUUACUUGAUGUUCUGGCUGGUCGCAAGACGACAGGCAGAAUACUUGGUGACAUUCUUGCUAACGGCUAUCCCAAAGAGCAAGAGACGUUUGCACGUAUUACUGGGUAUGUGGAACAGAAUGACAUCCAUACUCCGUUUAUAACCGUGCGGGAGUCUUUCCAAUUCAGUGGUUCACUCCGCCUUCCACGAGGAACUUCUGCUGGAGCUCGACAAAAGUUCAUCGAGGAGGUUUUGAAAUUACUGGAAUUGAAUGAGAUAGAAGAUAAAAUAGUUGGUGCUAUCGGAGAUGGAGGCCUUUCAGUGGAGGAAGCAAAGCGCCUCACCAUCGGAGUUGAACUUGUAGCAAACCCAAGCAUUUUGUUUCUAGAUGAACCAACCAGUGGCUUAGAUAGUCGGGCUGCUCAGGUUGUCAUGCGAAGUAUCACCAAUAUUGUCGAAUCAGGGCGUAGUGUAAUUUGCACAAUCCAUCAACCUAGCCGAAGACUAUUUUUCUGCUUCAGUCACCUAAUGUUAUUAAAACGAGGUGGUGAAAUUGCGUAUUUUGGACCCAUUGGAGAGCAAGCGCGGGACCUUCUGGAAUAUUUCCACUCACGUCCAGGAGUAAGUGAAUGUUCUGCCGACCAGAAUCCAGCAUCAUACAUGUUGGAAAUAAUUGGUGCUGGGAUUGGCCAUACUGCUGAGCGCGAUUUUGCACGCGACUAUCAGCAGAGCUCUUUAGCUCAACAGUAUAGGAUUUUUAUAAAGAAUCUUAAAGAACUUGAAACCUACAAAUUUGGAAGAGGAAAGUUUGGACUGGAGCCGAUUAUCAAAGGAUACGGUGCAACAUAUUGGCAGUUGUGCAAGAUCGUUACUGUUCGACAAUUUAGAACUUAUUGGCGGAAUAUUUCUUACAGUUUCGGGAGAAUGAUGCUGAUGAUUGUCCUUGGCUUGAUUCUUGGCACUACUUAUUAUCAGAUUAAGUACGAUAACAUUGCUGGCAUGAGUUCUCGAAUGGGCCUCAUAUAUAUAGGUGUCAUCAUGGUGGGUUUAACAAAUGCGAACAAUGUCAUUCCUCAGGUUAAUGCUGAGCGUGUGGUUUACUACCGUGAACGAGCUUCUAAUAUGUAUCCAGUCCUUUUCUACAGCAUGUCGUGGACGUUAGCUGAGAUUCCUUAUCUGUGUAUUUCAUCUCUACUUUUCUGCUCGAUAUGUUUCAGCUUGGGUGGAGUAGCCACAGAUUCUGCUAAGAUUUCUUUUGAAUUUUGGAUAAUAUUGUGUGAAUAUACAGCCUGCAUCACAUUUUUCGGUAUAUUUCUGGCGAUGAUGACUCCAAAUGCACAGGUGGCAACCCUCAUUAUUCCUGUGGUUGUGAAUAUUUGGAAUAUGACGUCAGGUUUCAUGAUACCAAAGAAAAAGAUUCCAAGUUUUUGGAUGUGGUUAUACUGGAUCAACCCCACACAGUUCACCUUGAACAGCCUUGCUGCCAUAGCAUUCCACUGUGACUUGGACAAUCCUCCUUGCGAUACGUGCACUUUGCUUCCCACCAGCUGCCCUGAAUGCCCUUGUGUACGCGUGCAAGAUCAGGACAACAUGUUGGCUUGGUAUAUCAUGAAGGACUCAAUGUCACUGGAUUACACCAAAAGGUAUGAGAAUAUGGGGGUUUUACUUAUGUUCAACCUUUUCUUUAUGAUCGCCAGUGUGUUCGCUCUUAAGUGCAUGAAAUUUGAUCGGAGAUAAGACGGUGGUGGCCACAAUACUAUUACUGCUCGUGCAAAUUCAUACGACGAUUCUAAGUUCGUCAAAUUUGUGAACUUGGCACCACUUUGGAGACAUUUUUUGAUAUUUACAAGAGAAUAGUUACAGUUUAGAUGCAACUUCCACAAGCUGUACUGUCCGCAAUUUUACUUGAAGUUGAAUUUUCCUUUGCUAGUGCCUGCACCGUAGAACAUAUUUACCUUGCUGCACAACAAGAAAGCAACGCAAUGGAGCUCAUCUGUAGUCGUAUUUUCAGAUGAGCUACCAUAUGUUCUAUGGCCACCUCUUUGCCACGACAGGAGGAGAUGCUCUUCAAGACAGUUGCCAAUUCUUCCAGCAGGUGAAGUAUUUGUGGGUACUAGAUCUUCGUAGACUGCUCAGAUCUUCGCUUCAACUUCUCACACAUUCGCAUACAGAUGAUGAAGAAAUUGCGCUGACACCUUAUUCGUCUCAUGUUGUUUCUUGUUCAUUCUUCAAUCUUUAAGCAACCCAAUGAAGAUACAGGUACAUUUCAUGUUGGUCAAAUUUGUUACAGUUCAGAUCAAAUCAUCUUGAUUUGAUCUGAUUUCAGAUCGAUUUGAUCGGAUCUGCAUGAAUUCCACAGAUCUGGAACUGACAUAGCUCAGAUAAAAUCAAGAAAAAAUUUUGUAUUCUGCAGAUUAUUUGGUUGGUUGAAAAUUGAGUCUCUCCAUGCCUAGACGAUGGGGUAUUUAAGAAUUUAAUAGUAGAACAAUUUCUUUUAUCCUACAAA